AAGCCCAUUACAUCACCGGUGCGCUUUCGCUUUGCGUUGAUGGGAUUGCCUGGCUGACCGCUUAUUAGAGAUUUAUUUCGGUUCCGAGUCUGACUAGCGAGCCUGAGAAGUGGGAGGCGUUGCUAUCUGCAGGGCCAGGCAACCUACAUCCUACCACACUACCCCUCGCCGCUGCGGGAGGCUCCCUCGCAGGUGGAGCUCCGCACGUGGAGGAGGAGUCAGGGCAGCCCCUGAGAGCUGGGAUGCUACCCUCCAGUUGAUAAAAGGCGGAGCCCGGCAGGAAUCCCAUCCGCCCAGCGGGUAGAAAGCUUGGGGAGCAGCCUUAUGGAAGAGAAGCAGAUCCUGUGUGUGGGGCUGGUGGUGCUGGACAUCAUCAAUGUGGUGGAUAAGUACCCAGAGGAGGACACCGACCGCAGGUGUCUCUCCCAGAGAUGGCAGCGUGGAGGCAAUGCAUCCAACUCCUGCACCGUCCUCUCCUUGCUUGGAGCCCGCUGUGCCUUCAUGGGCUCAUUAGCCCCUGGCCAUGUUGCCGAUUUUGUCCUGGAUGACCUCCGCCGCUAUUCUGUGGACCUACGCUACACGGUCCUUCAGACUACGGGCUCCAUCCCCACCUCCACAGUCAUCAUCAAUGAGGCCAGCGGUAGCCGCACCAUCCUGCAUGCCUACAGCUUCCUGGUGGCUGACUUCAGGCAGAAGGGCGUGGAUGUGUCUCAAGUGGCCUGGCAAAGCCAGGGGGAUACCCCUUGCUCUUGCUGCAUCGUCAACAACUCCAGUGGCUCCCGUACCAUUAUACUCUAUGACACGAACCUUCCAGAUGUGUCUGCUAAGGACUUUGAAAAGGUUGAUCUGACCCAGUUCAAGUGGAUCCACAUUGAGGGCCGGAAUGCAUCUGAACAGGUGAAGAUGCUGCAGCGGAUAGAACAGUACAAUGCUAGGCAGCCUCUGCAACAGAAAGUCCGUGUGUCUGUGGAGAUAGAGAAGCCCCGAGAAGAGCUGUUCCAGUUGUUUUGCUACGGUGAGGUGGUGUUUGUCAGCAAAGAUGUGGCCAAGCACCUGGGGUUCCGGUCAGCAGAAGAGGCCCUGAGGGGCUUGUACAGUCGUGUGAGGAAAGGGGCUACACUCAUCUGUGCCUGGGCUGAGGAGGGUGCUGAUGCCCUGGGACCUGAUGGCCAGCUGCUCCACUCGGAUGCCUUCCCACCACCCCGGGUAGUGGAUACUUUGGGGGCUGGAGAUACCUUCAAUGCCGCUGUCAUCUUCAGCCUCUCCCAGGGGAACAGCAUGCAGGAGGCACUGAGAUUUGGAUGCCAGGUGGCUGGCAAGAAAUGUGGCCUGCAGGGAUUUGAUGGCAUUGUGUGAGAGUUGGGUAGUGGGAAGCACCAGCUCACUGUCUACUUUGGAGGCUGACAUCACUGCUUACCAUUGCCUUCUCCCCUCCAUCCAGCCUGGCAUCUGGCUGUCCUGUACUUUGGGCAGGUGUGGGCUGUGGAAAGAACUCUGCCUAUGUCCUAUGUCCUGAUACACCCUGACUCCUACCCUCUGCAGAACUUCAGAGCAAAUAAAUUUCCUUCCCUUAA